AUGGGAAACAUAAUAACUCUGCAAGUUGGACAGUGCGGGAACCAAAUAGGAAGCGAGUUUUGGGAGAAAGUGUGCAAAGAGCACGGGCUAUCCAACAGUGGAGAAGUGCUGCAGCAGAGGUCUAACGACAGAAAAGAUGCCUUUUUCUACGAAUCGUACGAUGGAAGAUACUUCCCCCGGGGCAUUCUCAUUGAUUUGGAGCCCAGAGUGAUUUCAUCCGUCACAAACGAAAAACCGCACCUAUUCAGCCCUGAAAACGUCUGGGUGGGGGCUGAAAGCAGAGGAGCUGGAAACGUGUGGUCGAGCGGAUACCAGCAGGGAAAAGAAAACAGAGAGUCUCUUCUGGAAAUAAUCCAAAAAGAGUCUGAAAGCAGCGACUUCCUAGACGGGUUUAUGCUAUUCCAUUCAGUGGGAGGCGGAACAGGGUCUGGACUGGGGUCUUAUCUUUUGGAAGAAAUUCGAGACUGCAUGCCCAAAACCUCAAUUUUCACUGUUUCCAUUUUCCCAAAUAAUACAGAGGUUAGUGAGUCUGUUGUGCAGCCGUACAACACAGUUCUCACACUGCACAGGCUGAUGCAGCAGACAGACGGAGUAAUCGCAAUGGACAAUGGCUCUCUUACGUCAGUUGUAGGGGAUGCCUUGAAGCUGUCGUCUCCGAAUUUGGCAUACACGAACAAACUGGCAUCAUCAGUGGCAGCAGCAUCAACAGCCACCUUGAGAUUCCCAGGGAGCAGAUUUAGCGACGUUUCUACGCUUUUGUCGAUGGCCUCUCCGAUAAAGGGAUGCCACUUUUUGGUUCCUUCGUACUCACCGUUUAUUGACCCUGGAACAAAUACGAUACGCAAAACAACGUGCUUAGAUGUGCAAAGACGGCUCAUUCUUCCAAAGUCAAGGUUAGUUAACUUUGAAGAGAGCGAGACCAAUAGGGUGCUGUCUGCUGUUAAUAUCAUGAUGGGCGUAGAUGCGGGGGAGAUUGAGAAAAGCAUGCAGCGGCUCAGACAAAGAGAAGUUGUUAAGUUCGCGCCCUGGGCACCUGCCAACAUUCAGAUGGCCAUUUCAAAAUCACCGUGCAGCAGCAUUUCAGGUUUGCUUCUUUCAAACACAACGGGAUUUGGGAGAACUCUGCAAAAAAUAACCACACAGUACGAUAUUUUAAAGAAGAGAAAUGCAUUUUUGGACAUGUACAAAAGAGAAGGGGACGAGUACAUUGAGGAGUUUGAGCCUGCGCGGGAGUCUGUCCAGUGGAUUAUGGACGAGUACCGAAAAGCAGAGCUAUCAAACUAUCCAGAAGUGUGCAAUAUGCAGGCAGAGCGCCAGAACCCGCAAGAGCUGCUGCAGUGA